UAGCUUAGCGGAGCUGCAGCAGCAGCCUAUGCUGCCCCUGGGUUUGUGGGUUGGCUUCCCAGUGCUGGAGCAAGUGACAUUUGGACUUAACCCCUGCUUGUGCAACACAGCCCAGGUGAGGGCUGUGAGGGUCGGGAGUACAAGGUCUCAGUGGCCCCUCGUGCUUUUCUGCAAUGGUGAACGGCAGGCCCCAGGCUGUGGACAGAACUACAGAGUGUCCAGGUUGCAGAGAAGGACAACUGAGGUACAGCAAUAGGGACCAGCUUCCCCCUGUCUGAGGGACCACCAAGCAUGCUGCCUGCAAACGUGAAGUGAUGACAGGGCCCAUCAGGACCUGAUCUGAAUCCCAGAGGUGAGAAGACUGAGAAGAGGCUGCGGAGAAAGGAAGCUGCUGGGUCUGUGCGGCUGCCCUUCGACCAGCAGCCACCGGAAACAGAGGAAGCUGCUGGCCUGGUCAGAGGUGUUGCAGCCCGGGAGGAGGGCAGGCGCGCGGGGAGCCUCACGUCUGGCUUCCCCUUGGCUGACACACGUGAGACCAACGAAGGUGCUGCUUCGGGGACAGAAGGCGGCAGGGAAGCUGUUUUUACUCUAGCCACCGGAGGGCGCUGUGGCAUCAAUGGCUCUACCAGACGAGUCUGCAGCCUUAAGUCAGUGGAAGGCUUCUUAGGGAACUACUGAAUCCCUCCUUUCCUCAUUUUACAGCCUCUCCAGAUGUAGGAAGCCGGUCGGGCAGCCAUGGAGUGGCACAACGGCACCAGCCAGGCUCCGGGCUCGCCGCCGACCACCUGCGUCUACCGCGAGAACUUUAAGCGACUGCUGCUGCCGCCCGUGUACUCGGUGGUGCUGGCGGCCGGCCUGCCGCUGAACAUCUGCGUCAUCGCCCAGAUCUGCACGUCCCGCCGGGCCCUGACCCGCACGGCUGUGUACACCCUGAACCUGGCCCUGGCCGACCUGCUGUAUGCCUGCUCCCUGCCCCUGCUCAUCUACAACUACGCCCAAGGGGACCACUGGCCUUUCGGCGACCUCACCUGCCGCCUGGUGCGCUUCCUCUUCUACGCCAACCUACACGGAAGCAUCCUCUUCCUCACCUGCAUCAGCUUCCAGCGGUACCUGGGCAUCUGCCACCCUCUGGCCCCCUGGCACAAGCGUGGGGGCCGCCGGGUCGCCUGGCUCGUGUGUGGCAUCGUGUGGCUGGCCGUGGCGACCCAGUGCCUGCCCACAGCCUUCUUCGCCGCCACAGGCAUCCAGCGUAACCGCACAGUCUGUUACGACCUGAGCCCGCCCGCCCUGGCCACCCGAUACUUGCCCUACGGCAUGGCCCUCACGGUCAUCGGCUUCCUGCUGCCCUUUGCCGCCCUGCUGGUCUGCUACUUCUGUCUGGCCCGCCGUCUGUGCCGCCAGGACUGCCUCACGGGGCCUGUGGCCCAGGAACGGCGUGGCAAGGCAGCCCGCAUGGCUGUGGUGGUGGCAGCUGCCUUUGCCAUCAGUUUCCUGCCUUUCCACGUCACCAAGACAGCCUACCUGGCGGUGCGCUCCACGCCCGGGGUCUCCUGCCCCAUUCUGGAGGCCUUUGCAGCCGCCUACAAAGGCACGCGGCCCUUCGCCAGUGCCAACAGCGUGCUGGACCCCAUCCUCUUCUACUUCACCCAGAAGAAGUUCCGCCGGCAGUCCCAUGAGCUGCUACAGAAACUCACAGCCAAGUGGCAGCGGCAGGGCCGCUGAAUCCACUGGGGCAGGACCCGUGGGGCCCGGACAGCCGUAGUCUUUACCACUGUGGCCGGGACACCAGGAGCCUGACCAAACCUAAAGCAUGCAGAGAGUUAGAGCUUAGCUCAGCCGGAUGUGGAGUGAGGUCCCCCACAGAUCCCCGACUCUCCCCAGCUACUUACAGAGCUCUUUCUCUGGACAGGCCCUGUGGCCACAGAGACAGACAAGCCCGAGCCUGGCUCUCCAGGUCUUAGUCAGCCACGGAGAGUUGGGCAAGCCAUGUUAAGCUGCUCACAAAAAUAUAAUGUGACGUGUUCUAUACCCGAGGAAUAUGCUGCCUGCUUCGGGGUCGUGGGAGAGAGAGAAGAUGGGAGGAGGGAGUGACAGCUUCUGGGAAGAGGCAUUUGAGCUGGGUUUUGAGGAAUGAGUAUAAACUGAGUGUGAUGCUUCA